AAAUAUUAGAAUUAUCACGGAGAUAAUGCCGGCCAAAAAGAGAACUGCCGCGUCGACCAGCAAAAAUAGCGAUUCGCCAUUGAGUCCGCACACAGACGAUCCAGUGUACAAGGAAAAAAGAAAGAAAAACAAUGAGGCUGUACAGCGCACACGCGAAAAGACCAAGAAAUCGGCCGAGGAACGCAAGAAGCGCAUCGAUGAUUUGAGGAAGCAAAACGAUGCUCUUAAGGUUCAGAUCGAGACGAGUGAAAAACAUAUAUCUACGCUAAGAGACCUGAUCAUUCAGGGCGAGAAAACGGAGGACGGCCACCGCAUCAUCCAGGAGAUUCUCGCUGGACCAGAUCCCAAGGACAAUGACUAACGAGGAGCUGCUACUGAUUUACUUUCUUAUAUUUUCAUACUUUUAAGCCAUUUCCCAUGGUUUUUAACCAUGUUAAUUUUAGUUUUUCGAUUUAAUUGGUGUAAUCACUCGAAUUCUAUUACAAAGACAAGCAGUUUACGACAAAAAUGAGCUGACGAGAACAAUAUCUUGUUAUAAACCUACAUAAAUGGUUUUUAUUAUUGGUGACUUUUUAUCAUUUCUCACCAAAUACUUGUUUCUGUUGUACUUUUCUUUUACUUUUGUUUUUUUGUUCUCUAUUGUCGCCAAGAUCAUUGUAAUCAAUUUUGUAACACUUAAUCACUGUAUCCGUCUUGCAAUGACUCUUAAUUUUGUAUUUAUCUAUAUUUAGUAGUAGUGAUUUCUAUUAUUUUCGACAUGAUUCAUACAGCUAAAAUCAUGCGAGUCUUGAAUCAAAUAAAGUGUCUUUUAUGAUUUGA